AUGUCUCUUUCAUCUAGCGGCUCCUCCCCUCCGAAAGCCGAGGAAGCCAUCGACUUCAUAUUUGAAAAGAUGGCAAAGAUUCGAAAGGGGGACUUCGUGCUGUCUCCGGAACAUACUCGCUCCCUGGCCACUCGACCGCCUACCAUCUAUGAUAGGCAUCUACCUGCGUAUAUGCGCAUAAAGAAGCUAGGGCUAGAUGAGGGGAUGCUAAUAUCAUUUCAUGAUGCAAUCCUCCGGCUCGUUGGAUCGAAUGACACUUGCGUAAAGUUCCUGGCACGAGAUGAACAACAAUCGAGACACGUUAUCGAUCUCAUCAACCAUUCCAUCAAGGGUGCUUUCUCAUCCCACCUCAGUAACGAAGAAAGCGUGGCUGACGCUAUGGGAAAAGUAUUCUACGAUCUUUUCACGCUGAUAUCAGCCAUGCUCUGCAACUCUGUCUGUCGGGAGGAAGGCGAACCUCCCCCGAUUCUCACUGUCGUUUCAUCUACCCGGAAAACAGAAAGGGCCGACGCAAUUGUCGAAUUCGUGACUAGCGGAGAAUCAGAAUCUCUCAUUCCGGACAAAUACCGAGGACUAGGCGCUCUCAUGACCAUUGAAUACAAGAAUGUGCUUGCCGGAAACCCUAGGAUAUACCUGUCGAUGAUUGCCAUGAUUGCGGUUCUAGCUCGGAGUGGGCGAUCAUUCCCGUCGUGCAGCAUCGACUGCGACAUAUGCCAGCCAUUCAAAUUCUGUCAUGAUCACUUUGCGGCUCUAACGGCUGACGGGCGCAUGUCACAAGACGGUCCCUCGAAUGUAGCACUCCCAUCAGAAGAACAACUCCGCGCAGCCUUCCAACGUGUUGCAGAGCAGAUCUCCGUGUAUGACAAAACCUACUCUCCAGGCGUGAAACGAAAGAAGAAGCAUCCGAAGAAGAUUGGUGCAAAUGAAGGUACAGAAGCGACCAAGGUAUUUCCGACGGCUGCCACGAAAGAUAUCGAGCAGCUAGCUGAACUCAAGUCAUCCAUACGUGACGUUUGUCCGUCGCUUGGCCUGACUGACGAGUCCUUGCUGGACGAUGCAGAGAUGUUCGUGUCAAGCGCUUGGGAAACGUAUAUUCAAAUGUGGUCGCGCCUGGUGACGCAUAACGGCACCUACGAACUUCUCACGUCUGGACCUAUGUCUUCAGUACUUCAACGUCAUCGAGAGGAGCAGGUCGCUGUCAUGUCAGACAUGUUCCUCCUGGGUUCCAACCUGAAGUCUUACCUGCAAGAUCUGACUGGCCUUGUCAUCACGGCAAUUGAAGAUGCAGUGGUUCGAUCCUCGGCGAAUGGCGGUGAACGUUGGCGAGACCCGCCUUUAGGGGUCGCCAAAGAUGGAGCAAAGAAACGUACACAUGGCGGUUCUGAUGCGGAGCAGCCGAAGCAGAAGAGGCGAAGGAAUGACAAAGAUGGCAUGAGCGAAGAUAACGAGAACGAUGAUGCCGACGAAGGUCUUAAUAAAGCAGAUGAAGACAGCAAUCAUGAUGGAGAUGACAAUAAUGGUCACGAUAGCCAUCAAAACCAACAUGGUGAUUACGAUGAGCAGCAGAAGCGUAUGGAACGGCAGCAAUGGAAAUUGAAUGCUUUUGAAGGCGUCCAUUUGGCGUUCUACGGGGGCGGAUUUCGCUCAACAGGCUUCACACAUCUCGUACCCAUUCACUCUGUCGGUACUGGCGACACAUCUACCAAUGUAGUCAGUGUUGGAUCUAACGAGUCGGGAUCAUCAAGAUCGAAUUCCGAAAUAUUGUCCUCUUUGCACGGUACUUCAACUCACGCAAGCAUUUCCCACGCUGCGAAUUCGGAUGGAGCCUCUCUCUCCUCAGGGACGAUAGGACGCCAGGAUUCAAUAAAGGAAGCCCCCGAAGACCGUACAACAUUGCUGGACAUCGAAUCUCUUCAAAGCGCUGAACGUCGGUCUGACACGGCGACAGCAGGAUGCCUGUCGGUCGUUAAUCAAGUCUGGGGUGGUCACGCUCUUAUCGAGCCACUUGGAGGAGAGACGAUAGAGGUGGCGCUGAAAAUUGCGAUUGAUGAGCCCAGCGGUCUCAAGCUCAGGCAGGAACUAGAUGCAUACAAGAUUUUGCAUCAUCACCCAGGAAUUGCACCGCGUUGCUUUGGGCUGUACGAAGACAGUACGGGCACGACCAUCUUAGUCCUGGAGCACUGCGGCACUGCGUUAAUGGAUUUUGAUCUCGAUCUGGUGACCCGAGAGGCGAUCUACCAUCAGGUCGCCGAGUUACACAAAGCCGGAAUCGUUCACGAUGAUCUUUCGCCAUGCAACAUUCUAUUGCGGGAGAAUUCUACCGUUCGGAUUGCAGAUUUCGAGACGUUUUGGCCAGGACACGUGUGUCCGGGCCCGGGUUGUACGGACUUGCAGGUUCUGCGAUGCUCGCUGGAACUCUAGUGAUCAUGAUCAGCAUCUCAUGUGGAUGUUACAUGAGGCGUUGCUGUCUACGACAUAUUUCCUUAGGCCCGAACUUUUGUAGCAGUGAUUUCUCAUUGAACUAUAGUAGCAUGUGCAGUAUAGUUUACCUUACCGAACGACGUGGCUGAUCCUACUUCUACUAGCCGUCUAGCUUCGCGGACAUUAUGACUCGUCUUUGUAGCUAUACUCGUCCAGUACUUGUGAUUGUAUUUCCAGAGUGUUACCUAAAUCUGUUUCUGGGUUCUGAGUGUUUCCGUAUCUUUGUGUGGUCUGUCAUAUGUAUAACCGUGU